CUCUUCUCGCCGCGACGCCCUGCUUUGCUACGCUUCCGUUUCGUUUCGCUAGCUGCCGCGCACAACAACGCUGCGAACAAACCAAACGGUCGACGACACGGGAAGGGCGCGGGGGGCGGCGGCAUCACACAAUUGAGACAACUCGUGUGUUGGCUUGAGGAACUGGAACCACAGGGGAGGAGAGGGUCAGGGCGGGGAGCAGACCGAUGGGGUACGAGCGGACGGUGAAGGCGGCGGCAGCGGUGCUGGUGGCGGCGGCGGGGGUGCGGUUCCUGGGGCCCGCGGCGGCGGCGUUCGUGGAGGAGGAGCUGCCGCGCGCGCGGGCGGUCGCGGCGACCUGGCUCACGCCGCCGUACCUCUACCUCGUCAUCAACGCCAUCAUCAUCUCCAUCGCCGCGUCGUCGCGCUUCCAGCCGAGCACCGGCGGCGGCGGACGCCCGUCGGCCACUUCUUAUGCUUCCGCCGCCGCCGCUGCCGGAGGUGGAGGAGUAGUGGCGGAGGAUGAGGUGGAGCAGGAUGAGAUCCAGCCGCCGGUUGCGCUGCAGGUGCCUGUGCCGGUCUUGGCGAUGCCCGUGCCAGCUGCGCCGGCCGCGGAGGUCGCUGCUGUGGAGGAGCCCGUGGUGGAGAUGAACGCUGCGACGGUGGCGCCGGCGCCGGUACCGGUGGAGGAGGAUGAGGAAUUCUCGAUUUCAAGGUCGACGUGGACGCCGCGCCGGAGGGGCGCGGAGCCGGAGGUGGAGGCGGAUGCGGAGAGCGAGGUGCCGUUCGCGGACCUGACCAACUCCAGGGAGAAGCCUCUGGUGUCGGCGAGGUUCAGCCGGAAGGCGGCCAAGCCAAGCCCCGAAGGGAGCAGGGCACUGCGGGUGGCGCGGCCGCGGAAGGAGGAGACGCUGGAGAGCACAUGGAAGGCCAUCACGGAGGGGCGGGGCCCGCCGCUGGCUCGGCACCUCAAGAAGUCCGACACCUGGGACACCCGCCCGGGGCGCCGCCCGUCCGGCGGCGUGGGCAGCGGGGAGAUCGAUCCCGCGGCCGCCGUCCCGGCGGGGGCGAUGCGGAAGGCCGAGACUUUCAACGACGGCGGCGCCGGGAGGGGCAAGGCGGCGCCCGCCGCGCCGGUGCGGCGGGAGCCGUCGCUGGGGCAGGACGAGCUGAACCGGCGCGUGGAGGCCUUCAUCCACAAGUUCAACAUGGAGAUGCGGCUGCAGCGGCAGGAGUCGCUCAAGCACUACAGCGACAUGCUCGGCAGGGGCAGCCAGUACUGAAACGAAAACUAGCUGAAAAUGGUUGCAGCUUGCAAGCGAAGUGCUACCCUUUUUGUUUUCGUGUUCGUUCUCGAUUUUGGGUUUGGGUCUUGGUCUCUGUAAGAUAUGGUUUUGUCAAGUAAGAAGGGAUAGUUUUUUUUGCACAAAACAAAGGACAAGUUUGACAGCACUUGUUAGGAGUGAGUGACAGGUGCUGAUUAGUGAUGGCCUGAGCCAUCCCCCAAUUUCUUUUGGGGGUUCAUAGUAUCUUUGGAGUGCCUGCUUAUUCAGCUACUGCUCGCUGCGUUUCGCUGCUACUUUUUUUU